GUGGGCGUGGACGCACAAUGUGGGGGAGUUGCAAAGGCUUCCCCGCAUCAGAGCUCUGCAUUCUUUUAGGGUUUUCUACAAUUCAAUUUCCAAGGGAUUGAAGAGAGUUUUGUCAUGCUGAUGGCGGGGCAGCUCUGACGCAGCCUGCCCUGUGUCGCACCAACAGGAGCCUUGGGGUUUUUGUAGUUGCUUUGUAACAAGGCGGAUCGGUGCACAAGCUGAAAGCUCGUGAAAAGGAGGUUCAGUCUGCGAGGGUUUGAAGAAUAGGAUUGGGAAGAGGCGAGCGGGAAGAGAAUGGGGUGUAGAGGACGUCAGACAGCGAAGCUGCUACAGGAGGCAGCUACUCCCUUGUUUCAGAGCCGCUUGAGGCAAGUAGGGGCUUCGGAUGCAGCUUUACCUGUGACGUCGCAUCUGCUUCGCCAUCAUCAUCAUCAAACUGCGGAGAAGGAAUCAGAUGGGAAAAGUCCAUUGCGAAGCGCGCUGGGCAGUAUUCGCCAUUCCACGAGCGCUGCCCUAGCUUCGAACAGAGUGAAACCCGUGAAGCCGGAGGUGGAGACAAUUGAAGUGAGCGUGGAUGGACAGUCAGUGCUAGUGCCGAAGGGCAUGACUGUGCUGCAGGCGUGUGAGCUGGGAGGGGUGACCAUUCCUAGGUUUUGCUAUCACAGUCGUCUCUCCAUAGCAGGGAAUUGCCGCAUGUGUCUGGUUGAGGUCGAGAAGACUCCCAAGCCUGUGGCCUCAUGUGCCAUGCCUGCUUUGCCAGGUAUGAAAAUUAAGACCGGUACACCUCUGGCUAAGAAAGCAAGGGAGGGAGUGAUGGAGUUUUUGUUGAUGAACCAUCCAUUGGAUUGCCCGAUUUGCGAUCAGGGUGGAGAAUGUGAUCUUCAAGAUCAAUCUAUGGUGUUUGGUUCUGAUCGUGGCCGCUUUAUCGACACAAAAAGAUCUGUCUUAGAUAAGAAUCUCGGACCCCUCGUGAAGACCAUUAUGACAAGAUGCAUUCAAUGUACCAGGUGUGUGAGGUUUGCAAAGGAGAUUGCUGGCGUGGAGGAUCUGGGUGUACUAGGACGUGGAGGAAGUGAAGAGAUUGGAACAUAUGUCGAGAACUUGAUGACCAGCGAGUUAUCAGGCAAUGUAAUUGAUGUCUGCCCUGUUGGUGCAUUGACAUCUAAACCAUACGCAUUCACAGCACGACCGUGGGAGCUUAAGGCGACUGAGAGUAUUGACGUUUUGGAUGCCGUUGGGUCGAACAUCCGGAUUAACAGCCGUGGGCCGGAAGUGAUGCGGAUCAUUCCUCGGCUUCAUGAGGAUAUUAAUGAGGAGUGGAUUGGAGAUAAAGCAAGAUUCAGUUAUGAUGGGCUCAAGCGUCAACGAUUAAGUGAGCCAAUGAUUCGCCGUCCUGAUGGUCAGUUACAGGCAGCUUCUUGGAAAGAUGCUCUUGAAGCUAUUGCUGAAGCAGCUUAUAAAGUGAAACCUGAGGAAAUGGCAGGCGUAGCUGGCAAGCUGGCCGAUGCAGAGUCCAUGUUGGCACUGAAGGAUUUUCUUAAUAGAAUGGGUUGUGAGCGCCUCUGGGCUGAAGGAGAUGGCACUUCUCCGGACGCUGACUUGAGAUCAAGAUUCUUGCUUAACACUGGCAUUGCUGCUCUUGAGCAGGCAGACGUUUGUCUCUUGGUUGGAACUCAGAUUCGGUGGGAGGCACCUAUGGUCAAUGCGAGGCUGAGAAAAGCAGUAAGGUUCAACAAGACGAAGGUAGCUGUUGUAGGUCCUGAGGUUGAUUUGACCUAUCCACACCAGCACCUAGGUGUUAGUACUGACACACUUUUGGAGAUUGCGGAAGGAAGACAUCCAUUUUGUGCAGAGUUGGCAUCGGCGGAAAGGCCUGUGGUCAUUGUAGGUAGUGGAGCAUUGGAACGCUCAGAUAAGGCUGCGAUUAUGUCCGCAUUGGAUAUCAUUGCGCAGCAAAGUGCUCUAAUUCGAGACGACUGGUUUGGAGCUAAUGUUCUGCUUUUGAACGCUUCUCAAGCAGCAGCACGAGAUCUUGGAUUUGUGCCAGGUGCAAGGGCAGGAAAAGCACAGGCAAAAUUCUUGUAUCUUUUGGGAGCUGAUGAUUUGACUCCUGCAGAUAUCCCGGAAGAUGCUUUUGUGGUGUACCAAGGCCAUCAUGGUGAUCGCAGCGCGUACAGAGCAAACGUGAUCCUUCCUUGUACAGCAUAUACAGAGAAGGAAGGUACAUACGAAAAUGUUGAAGGACGGGCGCAGCAAACAAGCCCAGCCGUACCCACCGUAGGGGAUGCUCGUGAUGACUGGAAAAUCAUUCGUGCUCUUUCAGAAAUUGCAGGGAAGACGCUCCCAUAUGAUACUGCAAAUGGUUUAAGAGCUCGGAUGCUUGCAGUGGCUCCAAAUUUGUUGCGAAUCGAUGAAAUUGAGUUGGUCACAGGUUGGUCACUUGAUCUCAACACAAGACCAACUACUGCCUUAGAAACAUCUCCUCUCCCGAAGGCCAUUGAGAAUUAUUACAUGACUGAUUCAAUUUCUCGCGCCUCGAGAACAAUGGCACAAUGCACUGCUACUCUUGCAAAGCGCCAAGCAGCAGCAGGAUAAUAGGGGAUUAUGCUGAUCAUGUGAAUUUUCUCUGUAAUAAAAGUGUCAGGCAAAGGACACCAUUCGUACUCAAA